AUGGGCAGGUCCGUCCGGAGGAUGCAUCGGCCGCGGAGGCACCGCUGGUUGACCGUCUCCGUCUUCUUCAUCGCGUACUCCAUAUUCCAAGCGGUCCUGAGCGCCUCCACCUCGACCCUGUCACCGACAAAGCCCGACACCACCGUCGACGCGACCCCGCCUGUCGUCGAUUCCGACGCAAAAACAUCGACGAAUAACGAAAACGUCGGCUCUUCACCACUGCCAAUGACCAGUAGCAAAGAAGCGGAAGAUGAAAGUAGCGAGAUGCCUCCAGAAGGAAACAAGAAGACGCUCAAAGAAAUAGAAGAGGAAGAGGGUGAGAAAAAGAAGCAGAAAGACGACGGAUACGUGAAAGAAUAUGAGGACACCAUACCAACUGUGCAUCCUUUGAGGAAUUGCACACCUCCGGCUAUUGAACAGUUCCCUCAACCACUGAUGGGACAGACGGCGCGCAAGCACGGCGGUCUGAUCCUCCACAUCCUGGUCGCCGUGUUCACCUUCAUAGGGCUGGCUAUCGUCUGCGACGAGUACUUCGUCUGCAGCCUCGACAGGAUCUGCGAAGAGUUGAAGCUGGCGCCAGACGUGGCCGGUGCGACGUUCAUGGCAGCCGGCAGCUCCGCACCUGAGUUGGCAACCGUCGUCAUCGGGGUGUUCUGCGCCCAGGACGAUAUUGGUGUGUCUGGGGUUAUCGGCUCAGCGGUGUUCAACAUCAUGUUCGUUAUCUCCGUGUGCGCCCUGUGCGCUGGCACUGUCUCCCACCUGAACUGGUGGCCGCUCUGCCGCGACUGCUUCUUCUACGCGAUCUCCAUACUGGUGAUGCUGUGCACCAUCGCCAACAAAUACGUGUCCUGGCCCGAGGCGCUGUUCAUGCUGAUAAUGUACGGCGUGUACUGCGUGGCCCUGCACUUCAACGCGGAGCUGGAGCGCUGGGCGCUGACGCUGCCGCUGCCCUUCAAGCUGCCGACGCGCGAGGAACAGGCGGCGCUCGUCACGUACAGCAGGAGUGCUGGCGGGCAGCCACCGGCAGCGGCGAAUGCUGAGGGUCAGUAUUCACAAAUGGAGGGUCAGACGAAGGAAACACCUCUGCAGACAGCCGAGUACAAUCCAGAUGGUGCAUAUGACAACGCUGCGUACAACGCUGACCCCAUACCCGUGUGGGACCCCAAUCAGGCGUGGGACGCAAAUCAGGCUUGGGGCGAAGCGCCUCAACCAACGGCCCCGCAGCCAGGGUGGGGAGUGGACGCCCAGCCGACGCAACAACAGGUUCAGACGCAACAGCCCCAGCAACAACAACAACAGAGCCAGCCACAACCGUCGCCGCAGCCAAUACCGAUCAUGCCAUCCAUGCCGGCUUACUACAAGGCCAAGGAGUACAACCCGGAAACAGCCGUCGACCCCCUCGUCAAGCCCGUCGGCGCUAAUCAUCUGCAAAUGGCGUGCUGGUACGUCGCGUACCCGGUCCACUGGUCUUGCCGGCACACGAUGCCCGACUGCCGCGGCCGCUGGUACCCGAUCACCUUCAUCAUCUCCAUGCUCUGGAUCUCCUUCUACUCCUACUUCAUGGUCUGGAUGAUCACCAUCAUCGGGUACACCCUCGGCAUCCCGGACACCGUGAUGGGUCUGACGUUCGUGGCGGCCGGCGUCUCCGUGCCGGACGCGCUCUCCUCACUCGCCGUCAUCAAGGAGGGGUAUGGUGACAUGGCGGUGUCGAACGCGGUCGGUUCCAACGUCUUCGACAUCCUGGUGUGCCUCGGGCUUCCGUGGUUCAUUCAGACCGCGAUCAUUCAGCCCGGCAGCCACGUCAACGUCAUCAGCAAGGGCCUGAUUUACUCAACGCUAUCGCUGUUCUCCACCGUGAUCUUCCUGGUGGUGGCGACCCACGCGAACGGCUGGAAACUGGACCGCAAGUACGGCGUGGUGCUGAUGAUCUGGUACCUCCUCUUCAUCACCCUCGCGAGCCUGUACGAGCUGAACGUGUUCGGCAACAUCCACCUGCCCGAUUGCGAAUCCUCCUAU